AUGGAUCGCAUUGUGACCUGUCGUAGAGGUAUAGCUCGGUGGAAAAAGUCUUCAGACCUCAAUUCCCAUAUGCGAAUCGUAAGGCUGCAAGCAACGUACGAGAAGGAGAUUGCUAAACUCUUUCCCUCGCGUUUGGUUAUGUUGUGUCUUAAACAACAACUUGCUGAAGCUUACAGGGAGGAAGAGCAGUUCUGGAGGCAAAAGUGUAGAGAAGAAUGGCUGAGAGAAGGGGAUCGCAACACCAAAUAUUUCCACAAUGUGGUUAAAGGGCGUAAAGUGAAGAAUAUAAUACUAAUGCUUCUUGACGAAUGGGGGAAUGAGCACUUCUCUGAAGGAUCUAAAGGGGAAAUAGCUGUUGAUUACUUCCGCGAUUUGUUCAUGAGCUCGAAUCCCUUUGAUAUGGAGGAGUUAUUUCUUAACUUUCCUAACCGUAUCACAAGGGAAAUGAAUGAGAGCCUCACUGCUUCAGUCUCAGUUGAAGAAGUUAAGGAUGCAGAGAUGAGUGUAAAUGGUGGGAGUGCCCCUGGUGAAGAUGGGCUCACGAGAUCCUUCUAUCACAGAUACUGGCAUAUUGUGGGCUCCACAAUAACGAAAGAAGUCCUGCAGUUUUUCCAGUCGGCAGUUAUCCCGGAGGUUUGGAACCAUACUCAAAUCAGCCUCAUCCCGAAGGUUACAAGUCCGGUUCGAAUGCAGGAUAUGAGGCCAAUCAGCCUUUGUGGAGUGCAAUACAAAGUCAUAUCUAAGAUUCUCUGCAAUCGCCUGAAGCGGUUCCUUCCAGAAGUGUUCUUAGAGAAUCAAGUUGCUUUCGUUUCUGGUCGUCUCAUCUCCGACAAUAUCAUCAUAGCUCAUGAGAUGGUUCAUUCACUUCGUACUAAUGAAAGAGUCCCUGAGAAUUUCAUGGCCAUCAAGACAGACAUGUCUAAGGCGUACGAUCGAGUCGAAUGGUGUUUCCUAGAGACACUACUGGAGAAGUUUGGAUUUGAUCGGGUAUGGGUGAGAUGGAUUAUGGCAUGUGUAAGCUCGGUUUCUUAUUCAGUCCUGUUGAAUGGUGGUUCACACGGCUUUAUCAAGCCUGAGCGUGGCUUGAGACAAGGAGAUCCCCUGUCUCCUUUUCUCUUUAUCCUUUGCGUUGAGGCCUUAGUGAACUGCCUUAAUAACUCUGCUGUGGCUGGCAAACUACACGGAACCCAGAUAGGUUCAGAGGGGCCCUUAAUCCAUCAUCUUCUAUUUGCUGACGUUAGCUUACUACUAUGCAAAGCAAAUACUGAGGAAGCUACAGAGAUUAUCAGUUGCCUCAAAAGAUAUGGAGAUUAUUUUGGUCAACAAAUAAAUUUGGCCAAGUCGUCUAUUAUCUUUGGUUCGAAGGUUGAGGAGGCAGUGAAAGCAGAGGUGAAGGUAACAUUGGGGAUUGAUUCUGAGGGUGGUGAUGGCUCAUAUUUAGGUUUCCCGGAGUGUUUUAGUGGGUCUAAAAGACAGCUACUGAGUUUUCUCCGUGAAAAGCUGCAGGGCCGAUUGAAUGGAUGUGGUAGUAACAGAAAGAAGAUUGCGUGGGUGGCGUGGCAGAAGCUGUGCAGAACUAAAGAAUUAGGAGGCUUGGGGUUUAAAGAUUUGGAGAAAUUCAAUCAAACUCUUUUGGUCAAACAAGCAGCCAUAAUUGUUAACAAGCCAGACUCUCUUUUAGCUCAGGUGCUGAAGCAGCGCUACUUCAAGAACAACUCCUUCCUGGACUGUGGGCUGGGCUCGCGUCCCUCAUUUGCGUGGAGGAGUAUCCUUCAUGGUCGGGAGCUUCUGCAACAAGGGAUGAUGACUAGGAUUGGUAAUGGAGCUGAUUCUAAAGUUUGGUGGGAUCGCUGGAUCUUGGAUGGGGCUCCUAGAGUACCAGAGUAUAGACAGGGCUCUGAAGUGAACCUCUCGCUGACAGUCAGAGAUUUGAUUGAUCAGCAGUCGGAGAGGGCUUCCCCACCUUCUACUCCUAUUCAUCCGGUUGAAAGGCAGUUAUGGAAGUCAUUAUGGAAAAUCAAGACAACCCCAAAGUUGCGUCACUUCCUCUGGCGUUCAGUAUUCGGGGCCUUGGCAGUUAAAGAGAGAUUGAGAUCCAGAGGCAUCCAUCUUGACACUACUUGCUCUUCCUGCAAUAUGGCGACAGAAGACAUUGGCCAUGUUAUCUUCCAUUUCUCCUUUGCUAAGGAGGUCUGGGCUUUAUCCUCUGUUCCUAUGCCUUCCUCUGCUGUUUGGUCACACUCUAUCUUCCUUAAUCUGCAUCAUCUAGUUGCAUGUAGUAAAAAGAGAGAGCUGGAUCCUGAGGCUGGCCAAAUUUUUCCUUGGAUCUUAUGGCAUAUAUGGAAGGCUAGAAAUAGCUUUUGCUUUGAGAAUGUUAGGCUAGACCCAGCGGUGAUCAUGGACAAAGCCAAGAUGGAAGCUGAAAUUUGGAGGAACCUUCAGAGCCCAACUCAAGCUACGACUGCUUCUUCGGCGACCAACCAGGAAUGCCCGCGUGUUGUUUGGUCUAGACCACCAAGGAACUGGGUGAAAUGCAACUUAGCUUCGUCUUGGGUGGACAGAUCAAGUCAUAGUGGUCGUGCGUGGGUAGUGAGAGAUAAAGAGGGAUCUGUCAAGUGUCACAACAGAGGUUCCUUCCCCCGAUCAGAUACAACUUUAUUAGCUGACCUUGAGGCUUUGCAGUGGUCAGUAGAAGCUAUGAUGAGUUUGAAGAUUGAUAAGAGGCUCACUUAUUCCUCAGGUUACGCUUCGAGUCGCCAAGAUUAUCAGUGCCUUAACUACUUUUUAGACUGGAGACUGGAGCAUAUGGAGGCCGAAGGGAACAAUGUAGCUCGAUUGAUAGCUGAUAGUGUUACCACUGAUCAACGUCUUCUAUCCUAUGUUGCUUCGGGAGGACCGUCGUCGCUCCAGAAUUUGAUUGAAUAUGAAGCGGAUGUGCUCCCACAUUAA